AUGAUUGGAAAUUUUGCAUCAUUCGUGUUCAUUAUGCUAUUUGCGAGCGAUAUAUGGGCAGUGUAUGGUCUUGGGCUUCCUCAGCCAAAUUCCAUAGUGUGCGAGGACUGUCAAGUCACUUCCGCCUCUGGCCAUUUCGUGGUUACGAAGGUGUUUGAGACACCCGUACCUGCACUAUCGACAGCUGCAAUCACUCCAACAAAUGCGUUACCACUUGCCACUCCACCACCAAUCGCACCACCUGCGAAUCUCCAAGGCCCUACUGCCUCUGACACCCAUGACCUCAGCGAUGGCGUGAAAGCCGCCAUAGGCAUCAGUGUCGUGGUGAUCAUCGUCCUUCUUCUCGCCUUCCUCGUCUUAGGCAUACCUCAGAUCCGGAGCAGGCGCCGGACACAGGCGCUGCAGCGUGCUGUAGAAGAAGUCGAACGCGGCGUCGAGAUGCAGAAACCCGCGGACCAUGUUAGUGAAGCCAUGAGCGACGGGAAAGACAACAUGGUGCUUGAGAGUCGGGUAGAGAUCGUCGUGGAGGAUGGCGCAAGCGAACGAAACGUGGUGGACACCUGGGACGGGUGGAACGCGACUUACGAAGGUGAUGAUGCCGAGCGAGGAAGGCAAGGCAUGAGUCUGCCCAGGAGAGAGUAUUGA